GGAAGUAACGUCACUCAGGGACCAGAAACCUGGCUGUGGCGCCGCUCUGAAGGUGUUCCAUCAACAUGUCUCAUCUACCGAUGAAACUCCUGCGCAAGAAAAUCGAGAAGCGGAACCUCAAAUUGCGGCAGCGAAACCUAAAGCUACAGGGGGUCAGGAAUGUGAGCCUAUCAGAAAUUGAAAAUGGAGAUAUGUCUGAAGAAACAGUAGGAAGUGGAAAAGUUAAAAAAUCCUUACAACAGUCUAUGAAGGUAGGUUUAUCAGCAGCCCAAAAUGGAGAUACAUCUGAAGAAACAAUAAGAAGUGGAAAAGUUAAAAAAUCUGUAAAGCAGUCUAUGAAUAAGGGUUUGUCGGAAGCCCAAAAUGGAGAUACAUCUAAAGAAAAAGUGGAAAAUGUAAAAGUUAAAAUAUCCCCCAAGAAAUCUACCAUAUUAACCAAUGGGGAAGCAGCAGUGCAGUCUCCCAAUUCAGAAUCAAAGAAGAAGAAGAAGAAGAAGAAGAAGAAGAGAAAAAUGGUGGAUGAUCAUGGGCCUGAUACCAAAAAAGCAAAAACCGAAGACAAGGUAGAAUUGGAAGAAGGUGCCCAGGCUCCAGAAGAAACAGAAACCAGUGUGGAGAAGCCAGACGAUGGAAAAGAGGACAGUGAAGUGCCCGGCCUGCCCCUGGGACUGACAGGAGCUUUUGAGGAUACUUCAUUUGCUUCCCUAUCUAAUCUUGUCAAUGAGAACACACUGAAGGCAAUAAAAGAAAUGGGCUUUACAAACAUGACUGAAAUUCAGCAUAAAAGUAUCAGACCACUUCUGGAAGGCAGGGAUCUUCUCGCAGCUGCAAAAACAGGCAGCGGCAAAACCCUGGCAUUUCUCAUCCCCGCAGUGGAACUCAUUGUUAAGUUAAAGUUUAUGCCCAGGAAUGGAACAGGAGUUCUUAUUCUCUCACCUACAAGGGAACUGGCCAUGCAGACUUUUGGUGUUCUUAAAGAGCUAAUGACACACCAUGUUCACACAUACGGAUUAAUAAUGGGUGGCAGUAACAGAUCUGCUGAAGCACAGAAACUCGCUAAUGGGAUCAACAUCAUUGUAGCUACACCAGGCCGUCUCCUGGACCAUAUGCAGAAUACCCCAGGGUUUAUGUAUAAAAACCUACAGUGUCUGGUCAUUGAUGAGGCUGAUCGGAUCUUGGACGUUGGGUUUGAAGAGGAAUUAAAGCAAAUUAUUAAACUUCUGCCAACACGCAGACAGACCAUGCUAUUUUCUGCCACACAAACUCGAAAAGUUGAAGACCUAGCGAGGAUUUCUCUGAAAAAGGAGCCAUUGUAUGUUGGUGUUGAUGAUGAUAAAGCUAAUGCAACAGUGGAUGGUCUUGAGCAGGGAUACGUUGUUUGUCCUUCUGAAAAGAGAUUCCUCCUGCUCUUUACGUUCCUUAAGAAAAACCGGAAGAAGAAAUUAAUGGUCUUCUUUUCAUCUUGUAUGUCCGUGAAAUACCACUAUGAGUUGCUGAACUACAUAGAUUUGCCUGUAUUGGCCAUUCAUGGAAGGCAGAAGCAAAAUAAGCGUACGACCACAUUCUUCCAGUUUUGCAAUGCAGACAUGGGGAUAUUGUUGUGCACAGAUGUGGCAGCCAGAGGGCUGGAUAUUCCUGAAGUUGACUGGAUUGUUCAAUAUGACCCUCCAGAUGACCCCAAGGAAUACAUUCAUCGUGUGGGAAGAACAGCCAGAGGCCUAAAUGGAAGGGGGCAUGCCUUGCUCAUUUUGCGCCCUGAAGAAUUAGGUUUCCUUCGUUACUUGAAACAGUCCAAGGUUCCAUUAAGUGAAUUUGAAUUUUCCUGGUCCAAAAUAUCUGAUAUUCAGUCUCAGCUUGAAAAAUUGAUUGAAAAGAACUACUUCCUUCAUAAGUCAGCCCAAGAAGCAUAUAAAUCAUACAUUCGGGCAUAUGAUUCCCAUUCUCUGAAACAGAUCUUUAAUGUUAAUAACUUAAAUUUGCCUCAGGUUGCUCUGUCAUUUGGUUUCAAGGUGCCUCCUUUUGUUGAUCUGAAUGUAAACAGCAAUGAAGGCAAGCUUAAAAAGAGAGGAGGUGGUGGUGGAUUCGGCUACCAGAAAGCCAAGAAAGUUGAAAAGUUCAAAAUCUUCAAACACAUCAGCAAGAAAUCUGACAGCAGACAGUUCUCUCACUGAAGAAAUAAACAUGUUUCAGAAAAUACACAAAAGCAAAAAGAAGAAUAUUUAAUCACUGAACAGAAGACUGAAUAUUUUCAUAUAUAACCUUCCAGUGUUUUAUAUAUAUACUUUUAAAUUUUUUAUCAGAAGUGAAAUCUUCUACCCACUAUUUGUGACCAGCUUGUUUCAUAACAUGGUAUUUUCUCUGUCAUUAAUCACA